AACAUUUUCCUCCCUCCAUGGCUUCUAUUGAGCCUCUCGUCCAAAGGCUGUCUUCUUUCUCCCACAUUAAGCAGCUCCAAGCUCACCUGAUUACCACAGGACACUUCGCAUUCUUACCUUCUCGUUCCAAACUUAUCGAACUCUGUGCAAUUUCUCCAUUCGGGAACUUACAUUACGCCACAGAAAUCUUCUGCCAGAUUCAAACACCAUUCAAAAAUGAUUGGAAUGCAAUUAUACGUGGUUUUGCAAGAAGUAAUGAGCCUAAAAUUGCUAUAACUUAUUAUCAGAACAUGUUUCGUAAAGCCAAGAAUCCGGAUGCGUUAACUUGUUCUUUCUCUCUUCAAGCUUGUUCAAGAUUUUUAGGUGUGUUUGAAGCUAAACAGAUUCAUUCUCAUAUUGUGAGGUUCGGGUUUACUGCUGAUGAUCGUUUGGUUACGACGUUGUUGGAUGUUUAUGCGAAAUCAAAUGAUUUAAAUUCUGCGCGGAAGUUAUUUGAUGAAAUGCCAAGUAGAGAUCGGGCUUCUUGGAAUGCUUUGAUUGCUGGUUUGGCUCAAGGUGAUCAACCUAAAGAAGCAUUGGAUUUGUUUAAGGGUAUGAAGAUUGAAGGGUUGAAACCCGACGAAGUUACCGUUCUUGGUGUUAUCUCAGCUUGUUCGCAGUUAGGCUCAUUGCUUGAAGGUGAAACAGUUCAUUCAUACAUAAAGGAAUCGAAUUUAGACAAAAAUGUGCAAGUAUGUAAUGCACUUAUAGAUAUGUAUUACAAGUGUGGAUCUGUAGACAAAGCAUGCGACGUUUUCCGUUCAAUGGGUUGCAGGAAAAGUUUAGUUUCUUGGAACUCUAUGAUUAUGGGUCUUGGAAUGCAUGGCCACGGCACUGAUGCAUUGAAUCUCUUCAAUGAGAUGAGUCAGGAUGGAAUUCAACCAGAUGCAAUUACGUAUCUUUCUGCACUUUGUGCAUGUAAUCAUGCAGGGUUAGUUUCAGAAGGUCUAUCUAUAUUCAAAUCCAUGGAAAGUUCCGGUGUAAAACCUAAUGUGAAACAUUAUGGUAGUGUAUCUGAUUUGCUUGGCCGAGCUGGAAGAGUUAAGGAAGCUUACGAGAUCAUAAAGUCAAUGCCAUCCAAACCCGAUAUUGUUCUCUGGCAAACUUUGUUGGGAGCUUGUAAAACUUACGGAGAAGUUGAAUUAGCUGAAAUUGCAUCCCGGGCAUUAGUAGAAUUGGGUUCAAAUAGUUGUGGUGAUUUCGUCCUGUUAUCAAAUACUUACGCUGCUCAUGAAAGGUGGGAUGAUGUUGGAAAAAUAAGAGAAGCAAUGAAGAGCAAAGCUGUAAAAAAAAUCCCUGGUAUCAGUUUCAUUACAAUUAAAGGGUCAAUACAUAAAUUCAUUAAUGGCAAUCAAGAUCAUCCAGACUGGAGAGACAUUUAUAAGAAGAUAGAUGAAAUUAGUCUGAGGAUUAACAGUAUGGGGUAUGCAGCUGAAACUAGUUUUGUUUUACACGAUAUCGGUGAAGAAGAGAAGGAAAAUGUAUUGUGGUAUCAUAGUGAGAGAUUAGCAGUUGCUUAUGGAUUGAUUAGUGGUGGUGGUGAUGGUAAACCAAUUCAAGUUAAUAAGAAUCUUAGAAUUUGUGUGGAUUGUCACGUAGUGAUUAAAUUGAUUUCGAAGAUUUAUAAUCGUGAAAUAAUCAUAAGAGAUAGAGCUAGAUUUCACCAUUUUAAAGAUGGGGCUUGCUCUUGUGGUGAUUACUGGUGAAGAUUUGCUUGGAAUUUAUACUUAGAUUGUCAGGUACACGGUCCUAUUCUUAGAUUGUGAUGUUUUAAUGUGCGCAAGAUGGCAUCUAACGCUCACCUCCUAAUGGUGCUUUUUUUUGUCAGUGAGUGGCAUUAGUGGUUCUAUUUUUUAUUUGUAAUCCAGUGUCAGAACCAGUAUGCUUCCCUGGCGCCAGCUCUGCAUUGGACUUUUGCUUCGGGCCUUCCGAGGUGUUACGUCAAGGCUAUGGCUCACAUCUUUGUUUCAGCCUGCCCUAGACGUCCAAGCAUCCAGGGUGCCUCCUGUCUUGUGAUCAAGAAUAGAACCUCUACCCAAAUUCCUAAGAAUGGAAGGUCUUCCCAAGUCCCUGAGAAUGGAAACUCUUCCAGAAAUCUCUUUUGGAAUUUCGAGUUUAUUCUAUAAAUAGCAUACACUGAUCCUUCUCCAAUGUCACACGAAGUUGAUGACAAUGUCACACGAAGUUGAUGAUUCCUUCUGGGUACUUGUUUUAGUAACCUGUUAUAGGGGCGGCAUGGUUUAUUAGAGGGGCGGCAGUGUGAUAGCAAUGUUAGGUGCUCUUGCUGUUGCAGUUCCAACUUUGGUUGUAGCUUGCAUCUCUGUUUUGGUGCUUCCUACCUUUUUUGGAAUAGCUCUAGUUUUUGAAAGGGGGAAAAUUACUGCUGAUUUUCCUGGAUUUGCAAUCCAGAUUUACUUUGGUGAUGUUCUGUUGUUGCUGCAGUUUGUUUUCUUGUUGCGUGCAUGGUGAUUUUAGUCACAGCAGUAGCUACAAUGGCCAAGUAUUUUUCUUCUCUUUCAGGAACUCUUUCUCGCUCGGAACUCGUCAUCAUUGGAGUGGAGGAAUCGUCUUUGUUUUCUUUCUUUUGCUUUUUUUUUUUCCUAG